UUGUCAUAAUGCCUGAUGAUCUGUUGGUAACAUGAGUGAGCUCCCUUCAUAUGUAUCUUCGACAGAGCCAAACCACUCACCGAAAGACUUAACCAAGACUGAGGAUACUCCCCGGUCCCAGGGACAGAUUAUCACACAGAAUCCAGACUUGCUAAAGCUCCUCAACGAAGAUUCUGAUCCGACAUUAACAGUCUCGCGGAACGGAACAGAAAAUACUAAUAACAGCAAUUCAGCAGUAUCUCAGCUGCUGCAUAAUGUAACUGAGGUGACAGGUUCUGAUAAAGAGCCCGUUUCAUCAGACUCCGACACUAAUCAGCAUACAGACAUAUCUGAAAGUCGACUCGUUGAUAAUACAGACAUUGUUCACAAGACUGGCAUAGGUUCUGAUUCAAAAGAGGAUCAUAAUUCGACAUCUAGAUCAGACACUGGAAGAGGAACCAGCCGUUCUCGUAGAGUAAGCCACGAUUCCCCGGCAGACGUCAUCCCGAGAAGGAGAAACAUCAGUAACAUUCAGUCAUCUAUUAACCCAGAUAUAUUGAGAGCUUCAGGUUUGAGCCCUUUGGAUGACAAGUAUUUCUUUCCUAAGUAUGUGUCACUGAAGUCUUCUGUGAAAUCGUUUGAGGGUUUUCAUAGUGAGGACACUGCUUUACCAAGUCAUAGUGAGGACACUGCUUUACCAAGUCAUAGUGAGGACACUGCUUUGCCAAGUCAUAGUGAGGACACUGCUUUGCCAAGUUAUAGUGAGGACACUGCUUUGCCAAGUCACAGUGAGGACACUGCUUUGCCAAGUCAUAGUGAGGACACUGCUUUGCCAAGUCACAGUGAGGACACUGCUUUGCCAAGUCACAGUGAGGACACUGCUUUGCCAAGUCCUCUUCAGAGUGAUCGGUCACUAAAAACCCAGACAGAACCAGUAAGCACAGACAGUGAUCCGUUUGUCACUAAGGCAGAUUAUCCCAGCUUCGAAAAAGACGAAAACCGUUCUAGCUUGACUGACACAGAAAAAGAUCGUAAUGACUCCGAGAAGGUGAAAGACAACGACAAGGAUAAGUCUGAAAAACAGUAUCUGUUAGUUCCUGUUAAGAUAGAGUCUCCCAAACGACAGGUUUUGAGAAGUUCUUCAACCAGUAAAGUCAGCGAAGACCUGUCUAGUGAGACCGUCAUGGAUUCCAACAAGCCGAGAAGGAUCUACAUCGAGCCUCCAGAUCCGGAUGAGGACGAUGACAUCCGCUUUGUGAGCAGUCGCAUCGAUGACUAUGACGACAAGGCAGACACGUACAGACAGCUGGACGAAGCUGUGGUGUCCGAGACCAGUCUCCGCCCAUCUAGGAGUGGCAAGCACGUUCGCUAUGAAGACAGUGACCGGUAUGAGGACCGCAGUCACUCUGUUGCCGCGCCGACACCUGUCAGAGGAGUCCCACUUCCCGUGGGACCAAAACUCGACCCAGCCGACGAGAUUGCCCUCAGCAGGGAGCAGGACUAUCAGAACUCGUUGAAAGAGCGAGUCAGGGAGAGCGAGAGACACGUUUCGGAAAUAGAGGUCCCAAAGCUUCCCCUUUCCACGGAGGAUAAUGGCGAGUUUGUGGGAGAUUCAUUGGAGUACAGCGAAGACACGUACAGACAGAAUCGAAGCAGCAUGGCACGCGACUCUCUGGAACUUUACGACGGGCUGAGUGCGAGGGAGCGGGAACGAAUCCAAGUGGUGGAGAAAGACGCCUGGAGCAACCCACCACCUGAGCCGUUCGGUCAGAGUGAUCAACAACCUCCUCUGUACGACGGCUACAGAGAAUACGGGCAAGAAAACAUCUACGUGCAGGAGCCUGGUACUCUGUAUCCCGCCGCUCUUCCUCCUGGUUACUAUGGCGACUCGUGGCAGCAGACGGCAUACAUCCAAAGAGGCGACGCCAUUGAGAGGUACGACGUUGCCGUGGAGCAGCAGUUUAUUUCACACCAGAUGCCGAUGCCUGCUGGGAAUUACGACCACGUGUACAUCCAUCCUGACGUGCCGCAGGAGGAACACAGCUACACCCAAGAGAGAUUUGGUGUGGAGAAUCCUGGAGGCGGGAACUUCCACUCUCCACCGCAGAGUGACAUCGAUGACAGAAGAGGCGAGAAGCAGGGAUCGAAAAAGCUGCAAGCCGAACCCGAGAAACCACAGUACGAUUAUGUUUCGAACAAUAAGUACGACUACGGUAAACAGCCGAGGAGAACGUACAGACAGAUCCAGGACAUAAAGGCCGAAGAGAAGGUGAAGCUGGAGACCGUGUUCAUUAAACCGAAACCUAAGAAGAGUUCUACGAGCAAGCUGCCGGUGUUGAACAGACCUCAACCUCAACCUCAACAUCAUGAGAUGAACAGGGAGGAACCAGUAGUGCGUAGGAGUCCCUCGAACAAAGCAGCGUCGGCUGAAAAUCUCUGGGACAACCGGUCAGCCUUUCUCGCAGACCACAAGAACGGGAAGGUCAAUCAGAAGAAGAAGCUGGUGAAGUACCCGAGCGAGAGCGGACUCAGCUCCAGGAGGCCGGAGGAGGGCGGGAAGUUCGCGUCUGCUCCGCCUCACGACAGAAUGGCGAUGAUGCUGCCACUGUCAGCCCCGCUCUCCCCUGGGAGGCAGGCCCUCGUGAUGAAGCCCAUCACCCAGGAGAUCAUCACGGACGACGGCCAGAAGAUCAUCGUGGAUGUCAAGCUGAGACUGUCGCCAGGAAACGCGCCGCCAGGGGAGUAUCUACAGUUUGGACAGAGCCCUUCAAACCCGGGUCCGUACGGUGUCGGUGUUCCGUACGGAUUUGCAGAUGCAGCGGAUGAUAGAGUGAAUCCUGCUGUACAGCAGUAUGCUCCAAGACAGAUUAGUACUAAUCAGUACCACCCAUACACUGGCUACGACGUGCCUAGGAACGGCGAGUUUAAAGAGAACCGCGACGUCAUGAGCCCGUACUCGAAAAUCCCACCGAUCCCCAAGAGCGGAGAGAGCCAGUUGUCACAGUUCGAGACGAACCUGGACGGUCCCUCGUGGCAGGAGUCCGAAUCAGACAGUGAGGGCUACGCCGCCCAGUUCAAGAAGUCAAAGAUGAAGAAGAAGGAGAAGCCGUGGUACACCAUCUACAACAUCGACGACUACCGCCGCAUGCAGAAGGAAGUCCGACUCGGUACUCUCGGGCCAGACCUCGACAGCGCCACCUUCAGGGAACGGAUGGACAAGAAAAUGAGACAGGAGGAGUACGCGCGGCAGGUCAAGCUGAAGAACCAGAAGAAUCUCGCCCACAGGAAACCCCCCACGUUCCCACGACCCAAGGAGACCAACGACAUCAUGAACAAACGCAAAGUGGCUGUGGAGUAUGCUAAAAAUGUACCCAAGCCGUCCCCUAAGCCGCGGGUGACGAAGUACAACUCGUACGAGCUGGCGUCUCAAGUGUCCCUGUCUCCGAAAGGUCAGCCUGGCAAGGAGACACUGGAAUUCAUCGACCUGGACAAACUACAGCAGCGUCACGAGAAAGACAAACAAAAUGUUGCCACCAUCAGGCAAAACAUGGGAUCAGAUCGUGCCGUCUCACAAAAUGCCUGAUUUGA